GUCACCUGUCGGCAAAGUCAGAAGUUCCCUCAGUCUCCAUUCGUAUUUCAUAUCAAAAUAUUUAUUAUAUUAAAAAGUAAAAAGUGUCUAAUUAAAGAAAUAUUUAAAAAUUAUUGAUCUUCAUGAUUAGCCAGUGUCGAAACUCCAACUGGCGAACUAGCUGAGAUCUGUGAUCCAAAUGUAAACCAAGAAUGCGACAAGUUUCAAAUAGCAAAAUCUAUUUUUAAAUUAAAUAUUUCGGCAAAAAAACAAAUUUAAAAUAAAAAAAUGAGCUACAUAAAAUUACUAAGUCGUUAUGGACCUAUUUGUUUCAAAUCGCAGCAUUUACAAACUUUCAGGAUAACACCAAAAUUCGUAGCUCGAACUGAUGUAUUUCAAUAUGACCAAAGACGUUAUUUUAAAGAUUUUGGACAUAAACGUCAAAAGGAGGCUACAAUCAGUAAACUAUGGUAUAGUUUUCUCUUUAUGAUGUUUAUAAUUCCUGCAGUAGAUUGGGAUUGGGUACGUAAAGUUAUGUCUGUGAAAGCUGAAAGUGAUAUUAGAGAAGGAAUUGAAAUACAAAGAGAAGAUCUCGAAGAAAGCACCGAAGAAGAGUCGAAGAAGAAAAAACAUAGACGUGAGAAAGUCGGAUUUAGAGAUAGAAAGAUAAUAGAGUACGAAAACCGAAUGAGAGCGUAUUCGACACCGGACAAGAUAUUUAGAUACUUUUCCACUGUUAAAAUAAUGCAUACCGAUGUAACCGAAGUGUACAUGACUCCCGACGAUUUUUUAAGAGCCAUUACACCCGGAAUGAAACAGCCCGAUGGUUUGGGAUUAGAUCAAUAUCGGCGAUACGAUCCAAAGCACGGUGUACAGACGGUGCAUCAAAAAUUGGAACUAACUCUAGACGAGGAUAGUAUUUUCUACAAAUUGGGGAGUUCCGGUUUGAUCACUUUCUCAGAUUAUAUUUUUCUGUUGACUGUUUUAUCAACGUCAAGACGUCACUUCGAAAUUGCUUUCCGUAUGUUCGAUCUCAACGGAGACGGUGACGUAGACUGUGAAGAAUUCGAAAAAGUAGCCACUCUCAUAAGGCAACAAACCAGCAUUGGCUCAAGACACCGAGAUCAUGCCAAUACCGGAAACACUUUCAAAGGUGUCAAUUCUGCCUUAACAACCUUCUUUUUUGGGCCGAGCCUGAAGCAAAAAUUAACCAUCGAAAAAUUUUUGGAGUUUCAAGAAAAAUUACAGAAGGAAAUUUUGAGUUUGGAAUUUCAACGGAAGGCGCCGAACGAAAACGGAAAUAUUUCCGAAGCCGAUUUCACGGAACUCCUUUUGGCUUACGCCGGUUAUCCGCAGAAGAAAAAAGCUAGAAUGCUGAAGAGGGUGAAAAAAACUUUUAGAGAUCACGGCCAAGGAAUAUCUAGAGACGACUAUUUAAACUUCUUCCACUUUUUAAAUAACAUAAACGACGUUGAUACAGCCUUAACUUUUUACCACAUAGCCGGUGCUUCGAUAGACCAACAAACUCUCAAACAUGUUGCCAAAACUGUUGCCCACGUCGAUCUCAGCGAUCACGUUAUACACGUCGUCUUCACAAUUUUCGACGAAAAUCAGGAUGGCCAGUUGAGUAACAAAGAAUUCAUCGCUGUAAUGAAAAAUCGGUUACUGAGAGGUCUAGAAAAACCAAAGGAUACUGGAUUCGUUAAAUUUAUGCAAUCCAUACUCAAAUGUGCUAAAGAAACCAAGCCAGCGCUUUUAGAUAUUUAAAUCGUUAGCUACACAUUCGGUUUUAUGGUAUGUACUGAUCAAAAAUGCCAUAUACUGCGUGAGUGGUUAAGUUCGAUGUCAUGACUAGGGCUGGGCGAUUAUAAAAAUAAAUAAUCGAUUUUUUUUUUCGUUACUAGAUUAUUUUUGAUUAAUCGAUAAUUUUCGAUAAUCAAUUAUUUUCGAAUUAUCGAUUAUUUUCGAUUAAUCGA